UAGUAGUGUCCGUGAGAGAGGGGGGCAGAGAACGGAGCAGAACGUGGAGAGCCGGAGUCUAGACGGACCACAACAACAGAAGGGAUUGAUUUCCAUGUCCGGCUGUGCUGAACCUCAUCCUCCUAGAUGGCUGCCAGCACUGCAGUUCCAUCUCACCUGCCUCCGGUCAAGAACGUAGUGGUGUUCAGGAAUGGGGACCCCUUCUAUGGUGGACGUAGGUUUGUGGUCAACCAGCGUCAGGUGGCCACCAUGGAAGCCUUUCUGAACGAGGUGACCCAGAGCAUCGGGGCUCCACUUGCUGUAAGGACCCUAUACACCCCCAGGCAGGGCCACAGAGUCACAGACCUCCAGGACCUCAAGAUGGGAGCACAGUAUGUUGCUGCAGGAUUUGAGAGGUUCAAGAAACUGGAUUAUCUGCAUGCAGGAUUAAAAAAGCAGCCCGGAACUCGUAAUGAAGCACAGGCAAAAGUCAUGCUGAGGCCGAACGUUUCAGCCAAAUGGAGGAAGUUUGUCCCUGUUCCUUGCAUUGUACAUGUAUUCCGUAAUGGUGAUAUUCUGUGUCCACCUUUCCGGUUCAUCAUUCCUCGGAGCAUGCGGCAGGACCUGGAUCAGAUCUUGAGUCUGAUCACAGAGAAGGUCAGCUUACGAACUGGAGCAGUGCGCAGACUGUGCUCCCUGGACGGAGUCUCCAUCUCCUCGGCCGGGGAGCUGCAAACAGGCUGCUGCUAUGUUGCUGUGGGAAGCGAAAGGUUCAAGAAACUUCCAUAUGUGGAGCUGCUGGUUUCAAAAGCUACAGAGAGAAAUUACACUGAAAAGAGGAGACUGGUGAGGAGACCUGAGAACCGGAAAGCAGGAAGCGGUCCAGAGGACCGGUUCAGUGACUCAGCUCUCCUCAACUCCCCAGAGUCAGAUGGUCGGAGGGUGAAGUCAACAGGAGAUGAAGCUGCAGCUCCUCCGGCCUCACAGCAGCUGAGCAGGAGAGAAGGAGCAGAGGAGGCCUCCGCAUUCUUCGCCAGGCCCGUCAAAGUUCGCAAGAACAGAACGCAAACCACACCGCAGCUGACUGAUGGAUCUGGUGUAUUCAGACAGGAGGACCAGACAAACAGAGAGGAGGUCCAAGGUGCAGAGGAGGUGCAGGAGGAUGAGAAUACUGCUACAGAGCUUCCUGUUGAUCAGAGAGUUGCAGAAAUAGUUGAAGAUGAAGACUUAAGCAACACAGAGGAUCCUGUGCAGAGCACUCAGGAGAAACAUGCAGAAAAGAGCGAGCAGCACAACAACCAGCAUCAACAGGAACCCAGUGGAAAGCAGGUAGAGUAUGUGAAAGCAUCUGAACAGAAACAGGAGUCAGCAGCUCAGAUCCUGGAGGCCGAGCUGAAGCCGAUGUGUUCAAAGUCGGGUUCAUCCCACUCAGAGGGAAAGAUCAGGAAAGAGCAGGAGAGCCUGCAGGAUGCCUCAUCAGUUCAAUCAGGACAAAACCAGCAGGUCACAGUAUAACGGUGUCAGUGAUGAUUUCUUCCACCAUCCAGCUAAAUGAGUAGUAGCAGCUAAACUGUGAUAUUAAGACAAGUAAGAUUUGUUUGUCUUUGGCCUUUUUAUUCAUUAUGAGACAGAAAUGUGAAAUAGGAUCCAAUAAAUCUCUCCUCAGAUAUGAUAAAUUGGCUGAAGGUGAUGUUUAUAGUAAUGUGCAGGUGUUAUUUCAACUGUUCAUCCUGUUUAACAGGAGUAACUCUGAUGCUGGCAUUGUGUAGGUGUAGAAAGUUGCAAUUUAUUCCAUUUAUGUGCCUAAGGAACCAUGUAUUAGAAACAUUUCAUCCUGUGCAUGUCAUUUUUAAAGUUAGAACAGAAAGUACUGUUGUGUCAAUAGUUUAGUCCAGUGGUGUCCAAUUCCAGUUCUCUGGGUCUGAUGUCCAGGCAUUUGUAGAUGUGUCCCUUCUCAGAUAAAACGUAUUCAAAGUGCCAGAUUACCUAAUCGAUAGGGCUUUACUAUUGGGCCCCAUGGAGUAAAGACACACAGGACAACCAUGCACACACACACACACAUACUUUUUGGACUGUGGGAGGAAGCCGGAGUACCUAGAGAGAACCCACAAAUGCACACGGAGAACAUGCAAACUCCAUGCAGAAAAAAAUAGUAAGUAUUAACAUAUAUUUUUCACAUUUUUUAUGAACGCAAUUAAUUUCACUCAUCAUACAAAUUAAAUAUUCUUGAAUUUCCCAAAAUGUUCACCCUUUUUAGGGAUUGAUAUUUUAGGGAUUAAAGUUGAUUUCUUCAGAGUUUUUUGUUUUUAGCGGCAGCCAAAGAUUAGCAGCAGCAACAGCAGCUAUCUGCUAUCUCUCCUGUCAGUAGCUUGGAAACUACAGGUCCUUCUCAAAUUAUUAGCAUAUUGUGAUAAAGUUCAUUAUUUUCCAUAAUGUCAUGAUGAAAAUUUAAC